GUACUUUGGAGUCCAAGUACUAGAUUUCGCCGAAAUGGCUGAAUACCGCAUCAGGUCUGCAAGAGGGUUUUCAUUAUAUGAAGCCCUGCCUAUGAUCGAAUAUGACAAAGUGCAAGCCGAUACCAUCACACUAUUUUCACCUGACAAUGCAUCCGAAAAUCUGGCAGAUGAAAAUUCGGCGAAGAAGACGAUGUACAUGUAUAUAUAAGUAACUCUUGCCGCCGCCGCCGUCUCAAAUGCAGAGUAAAUGAUAAGUGUGAUUCGAACUGAGAAGACGAUAUACCCUUGGGUCAAUUGACAG